AAGUGAAGUGAAAUAGAACUCAACUUGUCUGCACUUGAAAAACUGAUACAGAAGAGUGAAACCCUAGAAGUAGAAGAAACCUUAACCCUAAAAAUCUCAAUCGAAAUUCUGUCCUCCAGAUUCAAUCGACCAUGGAGGAGGUGAACGAAGGAAAAGAUUUCUCAUUCCCAAAACAAGAAGAAAAGAUUCUAAGGUAUUGGUCAGAUAUCCAAGCAUUUGAAAAUCAAUUGAAACGAACAGAAAAUCUACCAGAAUUCGUCUUCUACGAUGGUCCACCAUUUGCAACUGGGUUACCUCAUUAUGGUCAUUUACUUGCUGGUACAAUCAAAGAUAUUGUUACUCGUUAUCAAACUAUGAUUGGUCAUCAUGUAACUAGAAGAUUUGGUUGGGAUUGUCAUGGUUUACCAGUUGAAUACGAAAUUGAUCAGAAACUGGGUAUCAAAACAAGACAAGAUGUUUUGAAUGUGGGUAUCGGUAAUUAUAAUGAAGAAUGUAGAAGUAUUGUUACUAGAUAUGUUAGUGAGUGGGAAAAUACUGUUACAAGAAUGGGUAGAUGGAUUGAUUUCAAAAAUGAUUAUAAAACGAUGGAUAUCAAUUUCAUGGAGAGCGUUUGGUGGGUUUUUUCUCAGUUGUAUGAAAAGGGUUUGGUUUACAGAGGCUUCAAGGUGAUGCCAUACAGUACUGGCUGCAAAACUCCACUUUCAAACUUUGAAGCUAAUUCCAAUUACAAGGAUGUUCCCGAUCCUGAGAUCAUGGUGUCUUUUCCCAUAAUUGGUGAUCCUCAUAAUGCUGCUCUUGUAGCAUGGACAACAACGCCAUGGACUCUUCCUAGUAAUCUUUGCUUAUGUGUCAAUGCAAAGUUCGACUAUGUAAAGGUACGCAACAAAACGUCUGGGUUAGUCUAUGUUGUUGCUAAAUGUCGGUUAUCCCAGCUACCUAGCGACAUGAAGAAAUCUAAAGCAGAUGGGCCUAAUGCACCUAGUCAAGAUCCAAAGAAUGCUAAGUCUAAGAACAAGAGCUCAUCCAAUGGGAAAGUCGAGAAGGAAGCCGACUCUGGACCAUAUGAGUUGUUGGAGACAAUGACUGGUGCUUCGCUAGUGGGGUUGAAGUACAUUCCUUUGUUUGAUUAUUUCGCCGACUUCUCUGGUUCAGCAUUCAGAGUAGUAGCAGACAACUAUGUCACUGAUGACAGUGGUACUGGUGUUGUCCACUGUGCUCCUGCAUUUGGAGAGGAGGAUUAUCGUGUCUGUAUUGCAAAUCAGAUAAUCCAAAAGGGAGAAAACUUAGUUGUAGCAGUUGAUGAUGAUGGGUGCUUUACAGACAGGGUGUCUGAUUUUUGUGGGCGAUACGUCAAGGAUGCAGAUAAAGACAUUGUCAUUGCUGUGAAGGCAAAGGGAAGGCUUGUCAAAUCUCAGACAUUUACCCAUUCUUAUCCUUUCUGUUGGAGAUCUGAUACUCCUCUUAUUUAUAGAGCAGUUCCAAGCUGGUUUGUUGCAGUGGAGAAGCUGAAGGACCAAUUGCUUGAAAAUAACAAACAGACCUACUGGGUUCCUGAUUUUGUCAAGGAAAAACGUUUCCACAAUUGGCUGGAAAAUGCUAGAGACUGGGCUGUAAGCCGAAGUAGAUUCUGGGGUACUCCUCUUCCUAUCUGGAUUAGUGACGAUGGCGAGGAAAGAGUAGUCAUGAACUCCAUUGAGAAGCUAGAAAAACUCUCUGGUGUUAAGGUGACUGAUCUGCAUCGUCAUAAGAUUGAUCAUAUAACAAUUCCAUCCAGUCGUGGUCCUGAGUUUGGAGUGCUUCGACGAGUUGAGGAUGUAUUUGAUUGCUGGUUUGAGAGUGGGUCCAUGCCUUAUGCGUACAUUCAUUACCCAUUUGAGAAUGUAGAUUUCUUUGAGAAUAACUUCCCUGGACAUUUUGUUGCUGAAGGGCUAGAUCAAACCCGUGGAUGGUUCUAUACUCUUAUGGUUUUGUCUACAGCAUUAUUUGAAAAACCAGCGUUUAGGAAUCUCAUUUGCAAUGGUCUUGUCUUGGCUGCGGAUGGGAAGAAAAUGAGUAAAAGGCUUAAAAAUUAUCCUCCACCUACAGAUAUCAUAGAUGAUUACGGAGCAGACGCGCUGCGGUUAUACUUGAUUAAUUCUCCAGUUGUGCGCGCCGAACCGUUACGGUUCAAAGGGGAGGGAGUCUAUAGUGUUGUAAAAGAUGUAUUUCUUCCUUGGUAUAAUGCAUAUAGGUUCCUUGUUCAGAAUGCCAAAAGAAUUGAGCUUGAGGGCCUUGCACCAUUCGUUCCUAUUGAUCAACUCACGAUCCAAAAGUCAUCGAACGUGUUGGAUCAGUGGAUUAACUCAGCAACUGAAAGUCUGGUUCAUUUUGUUCGACAAGAGAUGGAUGCAUAUAGGCUAUACACGGUGGUACCUUAUCUCUUGAAGUUCAUCGACAAUCUCACAAAUAUCUAUGUACGGUUCAAUCGUAAGAGGCUAAAAGGUCGUACUGGAGAAGAAGACUGCAGGACAGCUCUGUCAACACUAUACCAUGUGCUGCUAACUACAUGUAAGGUGAUGUCCCCUUUCACCCCAUUCUUCACGGAAGUUUUGUAUCAGAACAUGCGCAAGGUUUCUGAAGGAUCCGAGGAGAGCAUUCAUUAUUGUAGCUUUCCUCAGGCAGUCGGAAAGAGAGAGGAACGCAUUGAGCGCAGUGUUGCAAGGAUGAUGACAGUCAUUGAUCUGGGUCGUAACAUACGAGAGCGCCACAACAAACCAUUGAAAGCUCCUCUUAGAGAGAUGGUGGUUGUUCAUCCUGAUCCGGACUUUCUUGAAGAUAUUGCUGGAAAGCUAAGAGAGUAUGUGCUUGAGGAGCUAAAUGUACGAUCUGUUGUUCCAUGCAAUGAUCCUCUAAAAUAUGCUUCUUUGCGUGCAGAACCCGACUUCAGUGUUUUAGGUAAACGACUAGGAAAAUCCAUGAGAAUCGUUAAAGACAAGGUUCAGGCAAUGACUCAGGCAGACAUCUUAAGCUUUGAGAGUGUUGGUGAGGUUACUAUUGAUGGGCACUGCCUAAAGCUCACUGAUAUUAAGGUUAUCCGGGUCUUCAAGCGUCCAGAGAACAUGGGCGAGAAGGAAAUGGAUGCCGCUGGAGACGGUGAUGUCUUGGUGAUCUUGGAUUUGUGCCCAGACAAGUCAUUGUUUGAGGCAGGAGUUGCACGUGAGAUUGUAAACAGAAUCCAAAAGUUACGAAAGAAAGCAGGUCUGGAACCGACAGAUAUGGUGGAGGUGUACUAUGAAUCAUUGAAUGAUGAUAAAUCUAUCCAGAAUGUUGUUAACUCACAGGAAUCCUAUAUCAAGGGUGCACUAGGUUCUCCUUUGCUUCCUUGGGAUAUUGCCCCGCCCCAUACUGUCAAAAUUAGUGAAGAAAGUUUUCAUGAUAUUUCUGAGUUGUCAUUUGUUAUUCGCUUGGCGAAGCAAACCCUGGUGUUCAAAUCAGAUGCCAUUGCUACUUUAUGCUCUGGAAAUGCGAAGCAUGCUGAAAGCUUGCAUACUUGCAUAUUGUCUCGGGACCACGGAAAUCUUAAAUCCGAGUUUCAGCUCGGAAAUGGCAAGAUCAAGGUAGACUGCAUCCAGGAUCAACCUGGAGUUGAAGUGGUCCUGGGAGAGCAUGUCUUUGCUACAGUUGGAGAUUAUUAUAUGCAAACCAAAGCUGAUUGAUCAAAUGCGGUUAAAUUGAGGCCUUCACAAUUGAUUUUUUCAAAUUACUCUCAUUCUUUUUACCCAUACUACAAAAAGGCUUCAAAUGUCAACGCGUCAUUUAUUGUAAGAAUUUCAGCGUAGUAAUUUCUAAACUGAAUUGUUAGUUCAAUGCUAUUUUUCUACACUAAAUCACUAAUGAUUUGAUUUAUUGGGCUCGAAA